GACAAUAUAAUGUUUUACAGAUAUUUCCUUAUUGUUACUCAAAGACAGAAAGAAAAAUCAUUCUACCUAGCAGUGUUUCUUGUUUAGUUUACCAACAUGCUGUAGUUAAUAUUCUUAGUAUGUUGCAGGCACUUAUAGUUCCCCCAAAUUAAAAACAACCAAAAGUCCUUUUUCAAAAAAUACGUCUUCUUUACUAUUUGUCCUUUGAGCUCCAAAACUUUUCUGAAACUGAGUUUAAAUUACCUUUGGAGCAGGAUUUACGUAUGCUGCUUUGUUUUAAUAACUGAAGAGCAGUGAUUUUUGUUAAGGAUAUCGUGUUGGUUAUUCAGAAAAAAACUGUUAUGACAUACAUGAUUUUUAAAAUGGUCAAAUGCUUGUUGGCCAAUAUUAUUUGAUAUAUUUUAGAUUUAUUCUGAAUUAUUUGGUCAAAAUACUAAUGUGACAUUACAUUAAAGUAAUUUUAAAUUCAUAAUGCAAAUGAGUUGCAUAAUUCUAACCCAGUUGCAUGUGUUCUUAAAAUAGUCUCUAAGAAGGACAUUUAAUUUAGAGCUAAACUUCUUUUAUGAGAUAUGAAAGUCUAACUGAUCUUAACUUCAAGGAUAGUAAUGUAUUCUUGUGUUAUUUGUAUAUUCAAUUAUAGGUCUUUAUUUCCCAUGAGGGAAUCCACUUAAGAAUGUAAACAGUUCUUACAGUCACUGCUGUAGCAGAUCACAUGCAUUCCAGCCGGUAUAUAAUUCCUGUCGGUGAAAGAAAAUAUUAACAUGGGAAAAUACAAUCAAUCUUCUGUGACAGAAUUUGUCUUGCUGGGGCUUACAGGUUACCCAGAGCUUGAGGCCAUUUACUUUGUGCUGGUACUUUGCAUGUACCUGGUGAUCCUGUUGGGAAAUGGAGUCAUCAUCACUGUUAGUGUCUGUGACUCUCACUUGCACACCCCCAUGUACUUUUUCCUCAGUAACUUGUCAUUCUUGGACAUCUGCUACACUAGUUCUUCUAUUCCCUUAUUUCUCAGCAGCUUCUUAACUUCAAAGAAAACCAUCUCCUUCUCUGGAUGUGGAGUGCAAAUGUUUCUCUCCUUUGCUAUGGGAGCCACAGAGUGUGUCCUUUUAAGUAUGAUGGCAUUUGAUCGCUAUGUGGCCAUCUGUAACCCUCUGAGAUACCCCAUCAUUAUGAGCAAGACUUCUUAUGUGCCCAUGGCUGCUGGGUCCUGGAUCGCAGGGGGUGUCAAUUCUGUGUUGCAGACUUCGCUUGCAAUGAAGCUUCCUUUCUGUGGUGAUAAUGUCAUUAAUCAUUUUACUUGUGAAAUCUUGGCGGUAUUAAAAUUGGCCUGUGCUGAUAUAUCCAUUAAUAUUAUUAGCAUGGUUGUUGCUAAUGUGAUUUUUCUUGUGGCCCCAGUACUUUUUAUUUUUAUAUCAUAUGUUUUCAUUCUCUCCACCAUCCUGAGGAUUCCUUCUGCAGAGGGAAAACGGAAGGCCUUUUCCACGUGCUCUGCCCACCUAACAGUGGUUAUUAUAUUCUAUGGGACCAUCCUGUUCAUGUAUGCAAAACCCAAGGCUAAAGACUCUUCAGGGGCUGACAAAGAACAAGUCACAGACAAAAUCAUUUCGCUCUUCUAUGGAGUGGUCACACCCAUGCUCAAUCCCCUCAUCUAUAGCUUGAGGAACAAAGAUGUGAAGGCAGCUGUGAAGAAUAUACUGUGUCGCAAACGUUUUUUGGAAGGAAUGUAAAUGCUACUCCAUUUUUUUAUUGUUUUACUCUAAAUGCAGGGGUAAUUUUUACUUGGUGGUUCCAAAAUAAAUGUAAGGACUGGUGGUACCACUAAUUUUUUAAAUUCUUAAUUUUUUUGUGUCUGAUAUUUAAAUGAAAGAGAAAUGUAGGGCUAACCUUUUCCCUUAACAAUAGGUUGAAGAAGAGGAGAGACAGAAAUUUAUGCAUAAAAAAUUCUCAUCCAAAUCACCCUCUUUCUCAUGGAUAAUGAAGUUUAGUUUAACUUUGAAAUGAUGAGUUCUAUAAUCUUAUGUAUAGGGAAAUAACAUUUUAAUAACAAUCUCUUUUAUGUGAAUCAGUUUUAUAGUCACAUCAUUCUUAGAAAAUCUAGUAGGAAGGCUCUUGUUACUGAUUAGAGUACUAUAUAAAUUCAACAUAAAGUGACCCAUAAUGAGAUAGAUAUGGUCAUAUAGAGGGGAUUGAGGAACACUUGGGUAUUGGGUACCUGGGCUGGACAUAUGUCAUUUUCAUUGAAAAAUAUGAUGCUAUAUCACCUAGGUCUGAUUUCCUUUUGGUUACUAUCUGGCAAGCACCCCACCUACCAUAAAAAGACACCUGGGGCAAUAUCACCUUUUGUUUAUCCAGCUGAUAGUGAAUUUUGGUCUAUCUUGUGUUUAAAUCAGUGAGCAGUGGUAUCUUCGAAUAAGAAACAUUCUUAUUAUCUUUUAACAUUGUUAUUGUUUAAUGGCUGAAAAAUUAGUUUCUAAAGAAUUUGACAAGGUUCUCUAAGAACACAAUGGUAAUUUAUUAAUGAUAAUUUAGUAUAGUUUAACAAAUUAGCUAUUUCUGCAGUUACAUGAAUUUCCUGUAGAAUAGGAGCUUUCCUUUCAUUCAUUCAGUUAUUUGUUACUUAUUUAACCAACCAGUAUUUGUUGAUACCUAUAUUUUCUCAGGCAUUGUGCUAACUAUUGAAAAAAAUAACACAACUAAACAACCUGAAAAAACAAAAAAACAGAACAUGAGGAACACUUUUUUUUUGUUUUGGUUUUUUGGAAUAUAGACUAACAUUAAUUGGGGACAAAAAUAUUUUAAAAAAUUACCUCUCCUCAGUUGGGUCUUGGGUCUUGGUUGGACUGAACAGAGUAAUGGGUAGACUUGGAGCAAUUAAUUAAUUUAUUUAUUGAGAUGCUGAAAUCAAACCCAUUGAGUUACACUCUCAGCCCUACUGGGAGUAAUUUAAACGUGGUCAUAUGCUAUCUUCAUAUGAAAGCAUUUGAACCAUCUUUGAGAAAGAAAGAAAGGGGUUCAGUGAGAAAGAGGGGACAGUAGAGUGAGGAAGAAAGCAGUGCAUACUAGAGAUUUCAAAAGCAAGAGAAUGAGAUACUGCAAAAAUAGAAUUAGGGAAAAAGGAAAAGAAUAACUAAAUAGAAUUUUGGGGAAGUUUAGAUGCUGGUUUUGUGUGGCCCUACCUCAUUAAGUCUUAAUAAUCUCAAUAAAGAUAAACAAUAUUCUUUAAGACAUUUUGUGAUGGAUUCAGUUUCUUUUUGCAGUUUCAACAUUCUAAGACUGGCUAUAGAUGAGCAUAAUUUGGGUAUGUAACAGAUUUAAGGGGGAGUGGUUCUCAAUUACAGUGUAGCAUGUGAAGAGUUUUUGAAGGGAGUAUGUAAAAUUUCCCUUGAAGUGGGGAUUGUGUCCCAGGAAGGAAAGGGUGACUUAUGCUUAGCUGAGUUGGGAAAUAUCUCAAAAGACAUUUCAGAAGGACAAGAAGGUAAAAGAGAAAUUGUUAUAAAGCAUCAGAACACUUGUUUUGCCUCAUACGCAUGCUGACAUUUCUCUGAAGGAGAAUUAAUACGUUGAUUCUGAAUUUUGUUUUUGAAUCAGGAUUUUUCAUAUGCUGCAAACUGAAUUUCCUUCGAAAGAAACAUUUACUCCGAAAUGUUUUUAUAAAACAAUAUUUUUUAAAAGGUCAACCUACAAUAUUUGGACUUAUUUUAAAGAUUUUUAUUAAAUUUUGAAUAUGAGUUUGUAGUAACAUUGGGGCAAAAUACAAACCAAGAAGAGUGAUGAUAUAUUAAGCAACAAUAGCAUAUAUUGCACUUCACUAGCCACCCACAGUCAAGGUUUUAUGAAGAGAAAAUAUUUAGAAUAAAUUUACAUAUUGCUUAUGAAUCAGAGUCAGUGAUUUUUAUAUUUUUUUGCCAAUUGAUUAUCAGAGAAUAUUGUACACUUCUAUGCUUUUUGUCUUGCCCAGACCAGAUGACCUUUUCAGUUUGUUUUAAUCAGUCUUUUCUUACCUGUUUCCUCCUAUGUUUUAAGGUAAGCUGAUAUUUUACCAACAGUGUUUGAAAUUGUGAUU